GAUCGAGGGGAAUGUUUUUACUAACAUUGCGUUGCCCUCGAGUUUACACAUCGAGAGAGAAAAGAAGGGGAUUCACUUACUUGAUUGGCUGGUCCAGUGGCGCCGCCUUUCCCUCCGCUCAUCAAUUUACCCACAACUCGAAAACCAGCUUCAGAUCCCUGUUCACUACACGUCUGUUUUCCAGUUUGCUUUCGGGAGUCGAGCAGGAUACAAUCAAUUUUUUUUUAUUCCUCUUGAAUAAUCGUGAAAAACCGGCUUCUCGAAAUCAACCCUCGCUCACUCUGAAACAAAAAGAAAAUAAAUUACUAGUGAGAGAGAAAACAAUAACAAAAAAAAACAAUCACAAGAAAGAAGAGUAGUGCGUCGAUUUGAAAAAAAAAACAAAGUGCAGUUACGUUUUUUUUUAAACAAAAUAUUCAAUGCAGACUCUUCGUUUAUAUUUACAUCUUAAAAGUUAUAACACUUCUUGUCACUCGCUUUUAACACGGGCUCAAUUAUAAAUCUGACAACGAAAACCAAUUCUGUGAAUUGGAUUUGCAUUUUUCUUUUUUUAAACGUGUUUUGACGUGAUUUUUUUUAUUAUUAUCGUCAAAUCGGCGUUCAACGAGAGCAGCGUGUGUGUAUUUUCGCAUAAAUGUAAUCGCGACACCAAGUGUCAGUUCAUCGAGUAAAUAGUGUUAGUAAAGUUUUUUUUCGCAAUUCACGCGAAGAAGCUGAUAAAUAAUCAACAACAAAAAAUCGAUUCAAGUUUUGUCCUGGCAUUUAAGCAAAGGAGAAAACACGUUUUAACGAGAGAAGAGAAGAAAAAAACAAGUGUUUAGAAGAAGAGAGAAGAAUUUUAAUACGAAAAACUUAUUUUGAUAUUCAAUGACUCUUGUAUUUUGGCAAAUCCUGAAUGCGAUUUAGCCUUGAAAUUGAAAAGAGCAGAACGAAGGGAGUUUUUCACCACAGUGACUAAUAAUUGGCUACUUGCUGUAGCAAAAGGGCCAUUUAAUAAGAAGAAAGGAUAAGAUGUCGGCUGCUGUAAUGAACACACCUAUGUUUGAGUGCAGUGAGCUUCUUUUUAAGAAUGCUGCUCCAUCGAAGAAAGAUCCUGCAUCGAACACAAAUGGCAAUGGUCACGCGCCUCUGCGUCGGAGUUACACAUCCCUGGUGAAUCUUAUCGAGCAGCACAGGAAGCUUGACCGCAGCGUGAGUGAGCCGACCUCACGCUACAAGACCGAGCUCUGUCGACCGUUUGAAGAGAGUGGCGUCUGCAAGUACGGCGACAAGUGCCAAUUCGCCCACGGCUUCAAUGAACUCAGAAAUCUCGCACGUCAUCCAAAGUACAAGACCGAACUCUGCCGCACCUUUCACACGAUAGGCUUCUGCCCCUACGGGCCCCGCUGUCACUUCGUGCACAACUUCGAGGAAUUGUGCACGAUGCACAAUCAAAAAGUUAGCGCUCAGCUUGGCACCACACCAACAAACAUAAUGGGCCUCAAUCCCCUAAUCGCCGGCAAUGCUCCCGCAACAAACGUCAGUGUCAGUCUCCUUGAGCAAAUCGCAACAUCGCCCCAGGUUGCUGCCGUUGCUGCCGCGGCCGCCGCUGCCAGUACACCACUCAUGCGAGCAAACUCACUCAGUCUCGGAACACCCGCUGCCACUUCGUACAAUCAGCCACUCCUCAGGACCAACUCGUUGACCCUGGCGAACAUCACCCACCAUCACCUUCAUCAACAACACCAGCAGCAGCAGCAGCACCACCACCACCAACACCACCAACAACAACAACAACAACACUCCACAAGUUCCGUGAUUGGUGCCCCAAGACCAAAGCCCUUGAACCUCAGUCCCACUUUCUCCCUCGGCAGUACCGCCGACUCCAUUUCGCCAUCCUCGAGUCUCAGUCAAUCGCCAACAAAUUCAAUGGCCAGCUUCUUCAGUGACGAUCAAACCAACAUCAUUGCACCAACACCAUUCAGUUUUGGCCAGGACUUUGGCCUCCUAGCAACGAGACAAAGUCCCAGUCCCCAAGGCAUUUGCAGUCCAAUUUCCGACGAUCUCACACCACGAACACCAUCACCACUCUCAUCAAACGGCGAGUCCCGACUUCCCGUCUUCAACAGGAUCAGCAGCACUCGCUCAACUUUCGAGAACCUCAAAAUCUAAUCUUUUCCACUAAAAAAAAAAUCCCAACUACUAAAAUCCGAAAAAUCCGAAAGCCCCACCCCCAAGCGAUAAUAUCGAGAAGUAACUAAAAAAAAAGAGGGAAAAAUAGAAUUCCUCUGAUCUCGUUUCUUCCUUCUCGAACUUAACCCUUGUCGGUGGGAUUUCCUCCAUUUCGGGGCAGGUGAGAAGUUGCAAUAUUUCAAGAAAAAUAAUAACCUCUUCUAAAUAGAGCGUUCCGCUGUCUUUUUUUUUUAAUUUAACAAAGAUUUGGUUAAAGGGAUAAAAAACUCCCGAUUGUCUUCCAAAUGCGAAAGAGUAGAGAAAGUGUGAUACGUGUGAAUGUGUUGCGUGAAAAGAGAGAGAGAGAGAGAAUGCGCGAGAGUGACAGUGGAAACUUAUUAACAGUGGGCCUGUUAAUAAACGAAUAAAGAAACAAAUAUCAACUAUAUAGAAUUAAAAAUUAGAUUUCUAAAAAAAUGGUUUUU